AUCCAAACUUUAACUUGUAUUUCCUAGCAGCAUUUAGCUAGCAAAACAUCUUUCACCUCUUCAAGCUAUUAAGGCAGCUUAUACUAUACACUAUACAUUUCUAUUAUUGCUAGCACAUUUGCUUCUGUUUUUUUAGAGAAAGAGAAGCAAAUAUCAAUGGCUGCAGAUAAUGAGAAGGUGGUAUAUCCAAUAAAAACAGUGGUGUUGUUGGUUAUGGAGAAUCGAUCCUUUGAUCACAUGUUGGGAUGGAUGAAGCCACUCAACCCGGAAAUCGACGGUGUAACGGGUCAGGAGUCUAACCCUCUCAACACUACGGAUCCUAACUCGGCUCGUAUCAAUUUCGGGGAUGGAUCCGUUUUUGUGGAUCCGAACCCGGGUCAUUCCUUCCAAGAUAUCUAUGAACAGUUAUAUGGAGAACCAUGGAGCCCAGAAUCAGCUGAAAAGACAAGGCCCCCAACAAUGCAAGGAUUUGCUCAGAAUGCAAAUCGGAUACAAAGUGGUAUGGAUGCAACCGUGAUGAAUGGGUUCAAACCAGAUUUGGUACCAGUUUACAAGGAGUUGGUCACCCAAUUUGCAGUUUGUGAUAGAUGGUUUGCUUCAAUGCCUGCAUCUACACAACCAAAUAGGUUGUACGUGCACUCAGCAACAUCUCAUGGCUUGAUAGGCAAUGAUAGCAAGAAGCUUAAUGCUGGGAUGCCUCAAAAAACCAUAUUUGAUUCCUUGGAUGAGGCUAAUCAUAGUUUUGGUAUCUACUAUCAAUCUGCACCAUCCACCCUGUACUACAAGAACCUUAGGAAAUUGAAACAUGCAACAAAAUUUCACCCAUUUGAUCUCACCUUCAAGAACCACUGCAAAAAUGGAAAACUACCCAAUUAUGUGGUGAUUGAACCAAGAUAUUUUGACUUGCUAGUCUUACCUGGGAAUGAUGAUCAUCCAUCCCAUGAUGUAUCAACAGGUCAAAAGUUUAUCAAAGAAGUUUAUGAAGCAUUAAGAUCAAGCCCUCAAUGGAAUGAGAUGUUGUUUAUGAUUGUAUAUGAUGAGCAUGGUGGCUUCUAUGAUCAUGUUCCUACCCCUACUCAAGGGGUGCCUAACCCAGAUGAUCUUAUUGGUCCUGGUCCUUAUAAUUUCAAGUUCGAUCGCCUUGGUGUUAGGGUUCCUGCCAUGUUCAUCUCUCCUUGGAUUGAACCCGGAACAGUGCUACAUACUCCUUCAGGACCACAACCAACAUCUCAAUACGAGCAUUCUUCAAUCCCGGCAACUGUCAAGAAGUUAUUCAAUUUGAAGGAUUUUCUUACCAAAAGAGAUGCAUGGGCUGGCACAUUUGAAGUUGUCUGCAACAGAACUUCUCCUAGAACUGACUGUCCAGUUACACUGCCAGAGCCAACAAGACUGAGAUCCUUCGACGCAAAGGAAGACAAGAAGCUAUCAGAUUUCCAAGAAGAAUUGGUUCAAUUGGCAGCAAGCUUAAAAGGUGACAAUAACAUCAUAGACAAACCUUUGGAUGAAAUGACUGUUGCUCAUGCUGCAGAAUACAGCAAUGAAGCCUUCAAGAUUUUCAUGGACGAAUGCGCGAAAGCCAAGCAAAAUGGUGCUGCUGAAGACUCUAUAGUAGUUGUUCCAAGCACUGAACAGGACAUUAUCAACAAGGACAAUCCCAAACCCAAAUCUUUCAUUGAUAAGCUGUUUUCUUGCUCUGGUUGGUGACACUAUAUAUAGUGAUUGACAUGCAUUUUUAUUAUCACCCAUUUAUGUUAUUUAUUUGUGUAACAGAUGUUAUAAUUUGAUGUCUAUUGCAUUUGCAUAA